AUGAGGCUUCUCAACGUUGACACUCUAAAGUUGGAAUCAUACCACCAUGCCGAAACGACCCCGCCAUACGCAAUCCUCUCACAUGUCUGGGAGGAAGAGGAAGUAACAUUCCAAGACAUUGAUGAACCAUUCUUGGGUCAAGACUUUCGAAAACUACAAGCCCGGUUUGACGAGCUGGAAAAAAAGUUCAACGACAUCAGACAGCUCGUCGCUGACUCAACAAGCCAGGUCUCUUCAAUCGCCAGUGAUCAGUCUGUGGCUUCGCCUGUCGAGUCUGUGUCUCAUCAAAGUCAUAAGGCUCCAGCUCUCCCAACCAGAAAUUCAUCAUUGGACCGAGCCAAGCGACUGAAAGGCUGGUCGAAGGUCGAAGGUUGUUGUCAGGAAGCAGUGCGAUUUGGGCUUCACUAUGUUUGGAUCGAUACUUGUUGCAUCGACAAGUCAAACAGUUCAGAGCUGUCAGAGGCAAUUAACUCCAUGUUUGCUUGGUAUAGGGACGCUGAACUAUGUUUGGCCUAUCUCAGUGAUAGUUCCACUGUCAAAGAUGCAUUCGAUACCUCACAGCCAUCGAAAUGGUUCAGCAGAGGGUGGACGCUACAAGAACUCGUUGCUCCAAGUAAGAUGAUCUUUUUUAACCGAGACUGGGUUCCUCUCGGUACUCGGUCUUACCUUGACUAUCGCAUCGAACAAAUUACAUCGAUUCCAGUCGUCGUUCUCAAGAAUGGUAUUGCAGGCGAGUACGAUGAAGAGUUCAGUAUCGCCACCAAGAUGUCAUGGGCAGCUCAGAGAAAGACGACGAGAUCAGAAGAUCGAGCAUAUUCCCUUAUGGGAUUAUUUCAAGUCAAUAUGCCAACCUUAUAUGGAGAGGGAGGGCAAUCGGCCUUCCAACGUCUGCAAGGUGAAAUUUUUGCUGCCUCUGGAGACCACAGCAUACUCGCAUGGUGUUCUGAUCAAUUCAGAGUGUUGACACGGCUACAGAUCAAUGAUGCCAUGUUCAACGGCGCGUCGCUCCGCAAAACCACAAAGUUGCUUGCUCCUGGGGUUGAGUCAUUCUCUCCAUCACCACGCUAUCAGGAUCUCCCAGUGAAUCUCGUGAAUAGAUUCGGCAUCGCCUCAACUGAUACGGCGAUCCCCUUUUAUCCCAUUUUGCUGCCAUGUCCAUAUGAUUUGAGAACUCCGAACCUCAAAAAUUCAAGCUCGGCGAACGGGGCAAAAUAUUCGGAGUCAAGCCAUGGCAUGCGGGUGCAGUUGCUGUUGGAGCGUGUAUGGGCCGACGUGAGAACAGACCGUCACAUCUUCAUUGCACACCUCGCUUGCAGGAUACAGCCAUCGGAGCAGAUUGCAGGGAUUCUGCUCAUUUCUGAGCGAAUAGGCCAAUAUCAGAGGCUGUUCCCGGAUGUCCUACUGUCCAUCGACCCGAAAUACCAUAACAUGUCCCGCUUGAUGCUAGAAGACGUUUACAUCAUACAAAAAUGGUCUAGCCGGCAGGGCGGUUUAUCUCGAACGCUGAGAUACGGGACUUAUCGAUCCCACUUCUAUGGAAAGUAUAGCAUAUGUAUCUUGGACAAGGAGGUGGAAAAGUCCGGGUUCGAAUUACUGCAGUCGACCACAUGCGAGCGAAUGAACAUACCAGGAGGGAAGCUACUGACAUUCGGCAGCAUCGAUCAGAGAAGUGGCCAGUCGUUCGGCAAUCUCAAGGCAUCAGACUAUGCUGAACUGCUGUCAUUUCCCUGGGGCACAAUUGACUUUCGAGAGGCGAACAUUCUUCUCUUUGGGCGUCGGUGGGACGAUAAAAGUGCACAUCUUAUCGCCGUGGUCUGGCUGCGGCAUGAAGACUCGCUCAAGAUUUCGGUGCUUGCAGAUGUCGACCCGGCCAGACCAAUACCAGAUGACAUAUCAUUUGCAUCGUAUGACAUCUAUGAAACCUUCAUCUCGCACUGGGCAGAAAAGGCAGGGGACACUGGUGGAAUCAACAUCGUCUUCCAGGAAGAUAACAUUGAGCCGCCGUUGUAUCGUGGGUCUUUCCGAGAGAGAGAAAAGAAAAUGCAUGUGGUUAUUUUGUAG